AUGGUCCGAAUCAUCAUCAAAGGUGGUGUAUGGAGAAACACAGAAGAUGAGAUAUUGAAAGCUGCCAUUUCGAAAUAUGGAAAGAACCAAUGGGCUCGUAUCUCAUCUCUGCUAGUCCGAAAAACGCCUAAACAAUGUAAAGCACGGUGGUAUGAAUGGUUAGAUCCUUCCAUCAAGAAAGUUGAAUGGUCAAAAACUGAAGAUGAAAAGCUGUUACAUUUAGCUAAGUUGAUGCCUACACAAUGGCGUACUAUAGCCCCUAUAGUAGGUAGAACAGCGACUCAAUGCUUGGAGAGAUAUCAGAAAUUAUUAGAUGAUGCAGAAUCAAAAGAUAACGAAGAAUUAGGUUUGGGUGCGGGAGAAAAUGAUGAAGCUCGUCCAGCAGCGGAUGUAAGAGGUUUGAAACCAGGUGAAAUUGAUACAGAUCCAGAAACUAGAGCUGCGAGACCUGAUCCUAUAGAUAUGGAUGAUGAUGAGAAAGAAAUGUUAUCUGAAGCAAGAGCGAGAUUGGCAAAUACUCAAGGAAAAAAAGCUAAAAGAAAAGCUAGAGAGAGACAGUUGGAAGAAGCGAGAAGGUUGGCUUUCUUACAGAAGAAGAGAGAAUUGAAAGCCGCCGGUAUCAACCUUCGACCCAAGAAGAAGAAGAAUGGUAUGGACUAUAACGCCGAUAUUCCCUUCGAGAAACAACCAGCUCCAGGAUUCUACGAUGUGGCCGAGGAGAACGCCAAAGUCUACGCUGCACCAGUCGGUCAAUCACUGCGAGCGUUGGAAGGAAAGAGAAAGCAGGAAUUAGAAGAAUUAGAAGAAAAGAAGAAGCGUUCAAAGGGUAAUGAUGGAAAGAGCAAUCAGACCGCUCAAUUCGUACAAGCCAGAGAAGCUCAAAUCAAAAAGCUGAAAGAGCAAGAACAGAUCAUCAGAAGACGAAAACUGAAUCUCCCAACUCCCCAAGUCGGAGAACAAGAACUGGAAGAUAUAGUCAAGAUUGGUCAAGCCGGUGAAUUAGCUCGAGAAUUGGUCGGUGGUGAAGGAUCAGGAAGUAAAGCGACUGAGGGUUUGCUGGGAGAAUACGAGGCUUUGGGAAGAGCUAAAAUGGCAAGAACACCCAGAACAGGACCUCAACAGGACAACGUAAUGGCUGAAGCUCGAAAUCUCCGUGCGAUGAUAAGCGCACAGACUCCUCUUCUUGGGGAUGAGAAUACUCCUCUUCACGGUGGUGAUGCAGGUGGAACCGGGUUUGAGGGUGCUACCCCUCGACACGGUGUUGCUCCAACGCCCAAUCCAUUGGCCACACCUGCUCGCGGCGGUGUACUCGCUACUCCUCGAACAGUGGCGGGCGUAGGUGCUACUCCAUCCCGAACACCGCGAGACAACCUCAGUAUCAAUGAUGGAGAGUCAAUUUACGGUGAAACUCCCCGAGAUGAGAAACGACGUGUAGCCGAUGCUCGACGAGCUCUGAGGGCUGGAUUUGCUUCCUUGCCCAAACCUGAGAAUAACUUCGAACUUGCCGAAACUGAGGAGGACGAGGAAGAGGAUGAGGAAACGAUACCUUUGUCAGAAGAAGAUGCAGCGGAGAGAGAUAGGCGAUUAAGAGCUGCACGAGAGCUAGAAGAGCGAUUGGAGCUUGAACGACGAAGCUCAGUGGUGAAGAAAGGAUUACCUCGUCCGAUCAAUGUUAAUACGUACAAGGUCUUAGACGAGCUCAACUCGGUAGAAGCGGAUGCCGACUCCAUCAUGGCAGCUGCAUUCAGAUUGGUGAAUUUGGAAGUCGCCAUGUUGAUGAAACACGACUCCAUUGCUCACCCUCUUCCCGGAACGUCAGUACCUGGUGGAUCGGCGUCUGAUUACGAUAUGCCCGAGGACGAUUUUGUCUCAGCUGCAAAGCAAGCUAUUCAUGCCGAAUUAGCCGGUGCUUUAGGUCUUCCCGGAGCUACAGACGAGCAACUUCGUAUCGCUGUUGGAUCAACCGUUGAAGACAACCUCGAAGCAUUCUCAUCAAGUUGGGCCGAAGAACAAGAAGAUCUAAUAUAUUCACCUUCUUCAAGGAAAUGGAUUGAAAAAUCCUCUCUUUCACCCGAGGAAUUAUCAGCUUGUUACGCGGCUGCUAUAACUGUAUCUAAAGAACGAGUCAUUAGUGAAGCUACAAAGGCAUCUAAAGCGGAAAAGAAAUUAUCAAAACAAUUAGGUGGAUAUCAAGCUAUAAAUGCCAAAGCUAAAAAAUCAAUUCUGGAAACUAUGGAAGAGAUUCAACAAGCUCAAAGAGAUUUAGAAACUUUCACGAUGUUACGUACAUUGGAAGAGGCUGGUGCACCUGCAAGAUUAGAAAAAUUGAGAGAAGAAGUAGCAAUACUAGAAAAGAGGGAAAGAGAUUUACAAGCUCGAUAUGCUGAAUUGAAUGAUGAAAGAAGGGAAAGAACAUCAGCCAUCGAACAGCUCGAAGAAGAUAAAGUCGUCCUUCAAGCUCAAGCUGCUCUUGAUGCAUUAGAAGGUGAGGGUGAGGGUGAAGGUGAAGUAGAUGGAGAUGUGGAGAUGAACGGGGAUUAA